ACAAGUGGGCGGGAGAAACUUCUAGAAGCAAACAGGGCGGCGUGGAAACUACCGGAAGGUUUAUUUUUUAAGCCGAGUAAUUUAUCUACAUAAUCACAGGAUUUAAUACACGUGUCAGGAGACAUUCACUCACUUAGGUAGGUUUUUAGGUAAAAUAUUUAAACGGCGAGAAGAGCCCUUAGCUACGACAGUUAGCAAGUAGGCUAGCUCUGCUAGGUGCUGCUUAGCAACAAAGAAGGAACACAGGGCAGGAGACAUGGACGGGAAUGUGACGGUGAUCACCAACCCCACGGUGACUGUGCGUAUGACCAGCACUCUUGGCUCGUUCGAAGUCAGCCGGAGAUUUAACCGAGGGCUUACCAUCGCAGAGUUCAAGAGCAAGCUGGAGCUUGUCAUCGGCUGCCCCGCAGCCUCUAUGGACCUUCAGUUGUUCGACACUUCAGACAAGUUCUUGCAGAACAUUGAUGAUAACGAGGCUCUGUUAGGUUCUUAUCCUGUAGAUGACAACUGCAGAAUACAUGUGAUCGAUCGCAGUGGUUCUCUGACUGGCGUGUUCAGUGAUUUGUCCAAGGUGGAGAAAUAUGAGAUUUCUAAAGAAUCAUAUGAGAAGAGAACAGACUCAGUGCGAAACUUCAAAAAGAACAUGAAGAUAGGGAGCUUCAAUGAAGAGAACAUGGCUAAGAAGACAGAGGCUCUCUCACAGAAAGAAGAGGAGGAGAAAGCCGCUUUGGCCUUGAUUACAGUUGGCAAGCGGUGUCAAGUUCAAGUGGUCGGUCAGCCAACAAAGAUCGGCACAGUCAUGUUUGUGGGUACAACAGACUUCAAACCAGGCUACUGGGUGGGUGUGAAAUACGAUGAGCCCCUUGGGAAAAAUAACGGCAGUGUGAAUGGAAAGCAGUACUUUGAGUGUGAGCCAAACUACGGUGCGUUCGUGAAGCCUCUGUCUGUGACUGUGGGGGAUUUUCCAGAGGAGGACUACGGUCUGGAUGAGAUGUAGGCGCCACCGGGCAUGAUACCACAAGGUAUCAGGAGGCUGAAAAACAUCAGUGCAGGCCUCUUGUCAGUCCAAUGUCAUAGUCCUUGUUGCAGGAGGUUUUCCUGUUAUAGCUAAUCAUAUUUUAGUUUCAUGCUUGUCCUGAAGAGACCUAAAAGGUGGCCUUUACCCAACACUUUUAGUGGAAAAUUAACAGCAUCUCCUUGUGGAUAAGUAAAUUAUUAUUUUUUAUUACAUCUAGCCACUGGUAUUGUUUAGCUCAUAAUGUUCGGACAGCAGUAGACACCAGAUUAGCUAGAUUAACAGAUGGUGUUAUUUGCCAAGCAUUUUGCUUUGAUUUGAUUGUGAACAUUUCACGUCUCGUUUUCUCACCAAACUUCAAUGUUUUUUUUUUUUCCAUCUCUUCAUCGACUGUGUAAUGAAUGGCAAAAUGUACAAGAAGAGAGAGCAUACCAAUCAUUUGGAAUGUUGAACUGUUUUCAUUUUGCUAAUAUAUAAUAUGUAUAAAUGGUUUUGCAAACUAA